AUAUUCACUGUUGCACAGAGGACAAAGGUGCCUGUGCUCUUCUCACUCAGUCUUGCGUUUUGAUGAAGUCUUUCUUUGCCUUCAGGUACAGAAGGGAUUUUUUUGUGAGGAAGAUGUCUCAGAAAACCACAACCUCAUCAUUGAUGGUCCUUCAUUCAGAUUCACACGAGCAGAGCAUCCUGAGCAAAUUCAACAAGCUCAGGAAGAAGGACUUGUUGUGUGACAUCACUCUAGUUGUGGACGACGUACACUUCAAGGCGCACAAAGCCCUGCUGGCAGCGAGCAGCGAGUACUUCUCCCUCAUGUUCACAGCAAAAGAUCAGAUCAGUCAGUCUGUCUACCAGCUGAAAGGUAUGGCAGCUGAGAUGUUUGCGGCGGUGCUGGAGUUCAUCUACAGCGCCCAGGUGUCUGUGGAGAAGUGCGCCACGGAGCAGCUCCUGGCCACUGCCCAGCUCAUGCAGGUUAGCGACCUUGUCAAAGUGCUCACUGAACUCACACAUCCUGCUGCAGGGGUUACAGGUGAGGAGAUAAAGACAGACAAAGCCGAGGUGCCAGAUAAGUCAAAACGCAAAAGAGGACGACCGAAGAAAAAUGAGAACGUGGCUGUAGCAGAGGCGGAGGGGAAAAGUACAGCAUGUGAGCGCACAGAGGACGGCCAGUCUGGAGAUGUGGAUUGCAGUGAUGGAGACACUGAGCUGCUACCUAUAGACGAUGCAGAUGAUAACACACUCCGCAGCCGGCAGAGCAAACGCAAAAUCAAACCACCGCUGAAAUACAAAGGCUACAAGGUGUGCAGUGACACAGCAGACAGGAAAGAGCUUGGGAAGAGAGGCAGGAAGAGGAAAUACCCCAACACAGAAGCAAGAUGUGAGGACUGCGGCAAAGUGUUCAAAAACCACCUCUUUUUAAAGAUUCACCGAAGGACUCAUACAGGAGAGAAGCCUUUCCGAUGCCCGGUCUGUGGAAAGGGUUUUACCCAGAAACACACUCUGCUGGUUCACCAGCGCAUGCACACCGGAGAGAAACCGUUUGUUUGUACCAUCUGCUCCAAAGCUCUCGCCACCAAACACUCCCUGCAAGAACACAUGAACCUGCAUGAAGAAGACAAAUCCUUCAGCUGUGAUAAAUGUGAAAAGACCUUCACUCAGAAGAGGCAACUUAAAAGUCAUUACAGAGUUCACACAGGCAAAUCAUUACCAGAGUGUGCUCAGUGUCACCACAAGUUUAUGGAUACUGCUCAGCUGAAGAAGCACCUGAGGACUCAUACAGGUGAGAAGCCUUUCACAUGUGAGAUCUGUGGAAAGUGUUUCACAGCCAAAAGCACACUGCAGACUCACAUCAGAAUUCACAAAGGUGAGAAGCCGUAUGAUUGUAGCAUCUGCAACAAGUCCUUCUCAGACCCCAGCGCCAGACGAAGGCAUGUCGCCUCCCACUCAGGGAAGAAACCCUUCACUUGCUCCUUCUGCAGCCUUUCGUUCACCCGUCUGGACAAUCUGAAAACACACACCAACACCCACAACAAGGAGAGAGCCGCAACAUCAGAGGCCUCAUCAGAUGCAGCGGCCGCAGACUCCGCUGCACCUCAGGAGGAGGUGCGUAACAUCCUGCAGCUCCAGCAGUACCAGCUGCCCCCGAGUUCCGAACAGGAGAUCCAGCUGGUGGUGACGGGAGACGUGGACAACAUUAAUUUUGUCCCGGGUCAGGAGCAGGAGAUCAGCAUCAUCACCACAGAGGCAGAGCCGGCAGAAUCUGCUCAAUCUAGACUCACGCUCCUCACGCAGCCGACAGGACACGUGCAGAAUGUGGCUCUGGUCACUCAGGGCGGCGUUGUGGACCAGACCCCUCAGAUUCAGACUAUCAGUAUGUUGGAGGGACAGAUGACACACCAGCCUGAGCAGAUGCAUGUCAUCACUUUGAGUAAAGAGGCCAUGGAGCAUCUACAGGCCCACCACGGUCCCCCGCAGCCCCUCCAGAUCGCGCAGAGACCUGUCCAGCAGCUGCAGGUGAUGCACCAGCCGAUCCAGCAGCUGGCCGUCAGUCAGGAGCCCGGGACGUCUCAGGGACAAGCGGGCAGGGAGCAACACAGCCAGGCCAUUCAUAUCAGCAGCCAGAGCAGCCAGCCCAUCUCCAUCAGUCAAACCAGCGAGCAGAUCUCCAGCCACCACAUCCAGGGUCACGCCUUCCAGAUCCAGGCGGGAACCGUCUCGUACCUGUACACCACCGGACUGCCGCAGGAGAGCUGAUGGCUCACUGAAGUCCAAAAAUGAUAAUGCUGCUAUAGUACACAUUCAUAAUGAUGUAAUGGACAAAUAUUAUCACAUUACAAAGUGAGAAUGUUUUUUAAAGGAACAAGUAUAAAAGGUAAUUUAUUGAAUAUUCUGCAAAUUUAAGUUUUCUGUCGACCAUUUUCAAGGCAAACCACAAUCAUUUCCUCUUUUCUGCUGACUAUGUCAACACAGAGACUUUCUUUUCAUGUUCAAGGUGUCAUUUUAAAACUUUGUGCUCUGUGCUUCAGGAUUUGGGAGUCACCUGCUAGACAGUCACAAUCAUGUUUUUGGUAUAAAAAAAAAACCUCAACAAUCAAUAAUGAUAUUGGAGAGUUACAAAAAUCUUAUGUAUUGGCCAAUAUUCAUUUUAAACUUUGAUCCCUUAAAUCUGAAUAAAAAAUUCACUAAGCAGGACAUUUACGGUUGAAAAAUGUUGGUGUUACUGUACUGUGAUUUUUUUUUUAAAAGAUUUUUUGGGGGGAUUUUUUUUACCUUUAUUUGGAAGUAGCUGGCAUAGAGGCCAACAGGAAACAGGGGGAGACAGAGGCCAA